CAUCAUCAAGCUCGUCAAGAGCGAGGUCACCAUCAUCAUCAGCCUGAUUCACUCCCUCGUUGGCGACAUUGUCGAGCUCCUUGGCGAGACUGUCGAGAUUGUCGGUGAGGAGAAGGAGCAGAUCAUCUCUUGCGUCCUUGAGCUCGUCUUUGAGAUUAUCUACUGCCUGAAGCACGUCAUCAAGGUUCUUGGCUGCAGCAUCUUCGAGCUCCUCGGCCCCAUCGUCUUCGUCCUCCUCACCGUCGUCUUCCACCUCCUCUGCUCCCUCAACGGCCUCAUCGAGGGUCUCUUGGAGCUCGUCUGCUCCGUCCUCGGCGGUGUCAUCGGCCUCCUCCUCGAGGUCCUUGCCGGCCUUCUGCCCAUCGUUCUUGGCCUUGUCGGAGGUAUCCUCAAGGCCAUCAACCUUGGCGGCCUUCUCUGCAGCGUCGGCAGCAUCCUCUAA